AUGGUCAUCCACGACAUGAUCUUCAAAAAAUGCCCACAUGUUGCCAAAGAACUGGGUCAGCAAUGGGUUCUGGGGAAUUAUAAAGACCAUGCUUGCUCUGCUUCUAUGGGUCGCGAAAAAGUCUAUCCUCAGCUGGGUCAGGCUUUGAAGCACGAGUCUCCCGUCGGACAGCUUCUCUCAGCCAGCAAGUUGAGCCAAGACGCGUUGGAGCGAUGGCAGGUACGCGAGAAGAACUGCAAGCACCGCCUCUGA